GCUUGGCCUUGGCUUCCUCCUCCCUCCCUCCCUCUCUCUCUCUCUCGUGCGUACGUGCCAUUCUCAUCUCGCUCUCCUCUCCUGCGCGAAUCGGAGCAGCAGAUCGAUCGCGGCGAAUCCCGGCCCCAAACCCUCCGCUCCCUCGCCUCCUCCGGUUCACCUCGCCCCCGCGCCCGCCGAUCCUCCGCCGCGCCUAGGGUUCCGCCUCCUGCUUCACCUCAGAUUCGCCUCUUCUUCUUCUUCUUCUUCUUCGGUGAGUCUUUUUUUGGGUUGGUGGGUGCGCCCCUUCUGAUCUCCGGUGCUGGGAUUUUCUGCCAGGGAGAGGGGAGGAGAGGGGGUGGGGAGGGGAGGGGAGGGGAGGGGAGAUGUACAGAAGACGCCGCGCGAUUCGGGGCCGGGUGGUGUAGCGGUAGUAGUAGAUUCGUCUCUCUCUCUCAUUGGAGGAACUGACUCUAGUGUCUCGGAUGAGCUAGAUUUGACCUAGGAUGCUCUAGUUCCAGCCGAUUCGGUUGCUGUUUACUUGUUAGAUUUAGCUUUACACCGCUCCGCUCUCGCCGUUGCUGUUGCUGUUGCUGUUGGAGAUGAGCUCCGAGCCCCCAGAGCCAGCAGACCCCAAGCGCAAGAUGAGGAUCACUUACUCCAUGGAGUUUUUGCUCUCCGUCGGGGACUCCGAGAACUGCAAGAAGCUGCCCGAGGGCUUUGAUGCUUCACUUCUCAGUGAUCUGCAGGAGAUGUCUGCUGGCGUGCUUGAGAAGAACAAGGGCUACUACGCUACAUCCCUGGGGAGGUCAGAUGGCUCAGGGGGCUAUCCCUAUUCUUCUCGUGGCGGGAGCUCAGGGGGAAGGUGGGAAACGCGCUCGUCUGGAUCAAGUGACCGGGACGGGGAUUUGCCUGACCGCGACUCAUUAAUGCAGGAUAGGCGUAACGGGAACCAAUACAGGCGCAAUUGGCAGAAUACAGAGCAUGAUGGCCUGCUAGGAAGUGGUGUUCUCCCGAGACCACCUGGAUACGGAGGGCAAUUGGCACCCAAGGAUCGUGGGAAUACAUACCAGCCAAACAGGACAUCUGAACGCUACCAACCACCUCGUCCCAAGGCUGCACCUUUUUCACGGAAAGAUAUUGACGCAAUGAAUGAUGAAACAUUUGGGUCUUCUGAAUGUUCAAAUGAGGAUAGAGCAGAGGAAGAAAGGAAGCGAAGGGCAUCGUUUGAAAUGAUGAGGAAAGAGCAACAUAAAACGCUGCAAGAAAAGAAGAGUGGCCCUGACAUUGAGAAAGAAAAUUCUGGCCGUGAUAUCAUUUCGUUAUUACAGAGUGGCCCUGAAAGGACAGGAGCCACAAGUAAAAGUGAGAAACAAGAUGUAUCUGCUUAUCAAGAAGAGACCACUAAACCAUCUUCAAUGCUAGCAGCUUCCACUGCCAGACCACUUGUGCCACCUGGUUUUUCAAAUGCCUUUGUGGAGAAAAAGGUUCAUCCACAAUCGUCCAGCAUCUCAAUUGAACCAAAGGUUCCUGAUGCUACUAGUGAGGAUAACAUAUUGGCUACAGCACAGUUUGGUGGCCUUGCAGAGGGAAACCAGUCAGCAACAGAGAUCACUGCAAGCAAAAAUAAAGAGAAGGACAUUUCUAAUAACAUUGCUAGUGUAGGUCAAAAGAACACACUUCCAUCUGGUGGUGUUGCAUAUUCAACUGAAUUUGCUUCUAGCAUUCUGAAAGGGAGUGGAGAUUGGGAAGGUGAUGCAAUGGAUAAGUAUUCUAUUGAAAACGUAGGCAAGUCCAAAAAUAUUGAUUCUGUUAGGAAGGACCAUUCAGUCUCAAUCUUGGAACAGUUCUUUGGCAAUGCAUUGUCAAAAGGUGGCAGCGAUUUACCAUCAUGUAUUGAGAAUCAGCAGACGAAAACUGAUGACGGUAUGAUUGCUUCCUCCUUACCUGAAUCAUCCAAAUUUGCUUGCUGGUUUCAUGAUGAAGACUUGAAACCUGCAGAAGACUUAUCGUCAAAUGGCCUGCUAUCCAUGAUUGUCAAAAAUGAAAAACCAGGUCAAGAAAGUGUAGCUCAUGGUCCUCCUUUAUCUGAUGGCGCUGUUCAGAAUUUGGUACCAAAAUCACCCACUCAUAAACUUGAGGUUGCAUCGACACUCCUCCCAUUUACACCUGCACCUGCUGUGGGAAUGCUGGAACAGCACAAUCAUGUUGAUAUUCCAGAGCCUGUUCCAGUUAUGAUGACAUGUGAGGAUCUUGAACAAGCAAUGCUGGCUCAGGUUUCUAGCAGUAGCAGCUCCACUCAGAAGAAUACUGUACAGGAGCAUCAACUUGUUUUGGAUGAGCCAACUGCCACACAGAAAGUAGCUGUAGACAAUCAUGCAUCACAACAUCUUCUUUCAUUAUUGCAAAAGAGCACAGAUAACAAGGGAUCAUCUUCUUUGGGUUUCCACGUAGGACCAGCUGAUAGACCACAUAGUUCUAAUAUUACAGCCAAUGGUGGAGUAUCUGGAACAGCUCCAAAUAAAGCUGAAACUGCACCCACUUCAGCGGCAAACGUAACAUUGGAAGCAUUGUUUGGGGCUGCAUUUAUGAAUGAGCUCCAAUCCAAGGAUGCGCCUGUUUCUAUCCGAGGAUCUGCAACUGGUGGCCCUAACUAUGAGUUUGCAGGUACAGCAAAAACUUCAGUGGCAUCAAGUCAUGAAGGAUAUUACCCUGCCGAGAAUUCAGCAUUAUCUGGCCCAAGUCAGGGCGCUGCUAGCUUAGAUCAGAAAGGCUUGGAAAUUCAGUUGCCUGAAGAAGAUAAUUUGUUUACAUUGAAUGACUCUUUGGAUGGCCAAAAGCCUGAUAUCUUGUCAUCAGUGAGAUCCAGUAGGGUUGAUGGGCUAUUACCAGAAAAGGCAGAUGAUGAUCUUAAAUAUAGGCUUCAAAGUCUUGUGCCUGGUGAUUCAGAACAUGUUCAAGUACUUGGUCCUGAUGCGCUGGGAUCCCAUUCUCAUGAACGGCAUUAUCAGGUUGAAUCUCAGAAUCUUUAUCAUCUUCUACAAGGUAGACCACCUGCACUGGCUCCUCGUCCUAUGAUCGAUCACAUUGGUAAUAGAAAUCAGCAGGCCCCAUUUGACAUGACACAUACGAUACAGCAUGAUCCCCACCGUUCCUUUUCAUCUAAUAUGAAUCAUAUGCAACAAGCUCUUCAUGGUCCUCGAGUUCCUCAUGUAGACCCAGCUGCUCAUCAUCUUAUGCUGCAGCACAUCUCCACACCUCGAAAUUUUCCACCAGAAGGCCUGCAAAGAGGUGUUCCGCCAUCUCAGCCUGUGCAUCACAUGCCUGGCUAUAGGCCUGAGAUGACCAAUGUAAAUAACUUCCGUAUGCACCCUCGCCAGCCGAACUAUGGAGACUUUGGAUUGAUGAUGGCAGGUCCAUCAGGUCCAGAAGUGAGAGGUAGUCACCCAGAUGCCUUUGAAAGGUUGAUCCAGAUGGAGCUUACAGCCAGAUCCAAGCAGAUUCACCCAGCAAUGGCUGGCCCUGUACCUGGCGGCAUGUAUGGGCCCGAGCUUGACAUGAACUUGAGAUACAGAUAGAUGUAUGCGUGCGAUUACUUAUGCAGUAUGAAGGACCCAGAAAUGUUUGCUAUAUUUGCGUCAAAUAGUAGUCUUUACCCAUGCCAUACCUCUAUGUAGUGCUUGGGUUAGCAUUUGCCAUCAACACAAUCGUUUGGCUGCGACAAGGUACCUGAUGAUUCACUCGUAGUGUGGGGUUGGUUUGUUCAGAAUGGGAUGGUGAUCUUGCUUAAUGAAUGUCAUGGUGAUCUGUUCUGUUGUGGAACUUGGGGAAAACGAAUAGAGAUAGUGGGUGAUGUCAGUGAUCGUAGCAGCCACCUCAGCAUUGUGUGUCUGUGUCUGCCCUGGCAUGACUAUCUGUUCAGUUCCUGUAUAAAUACUAUUGUGCAAAUGAAAGUACCAGAUUGUCACA